AUGACACAACCUCAAGAAUUGAGACCUUUUGCAUGGAGCUCAUGUGGGGACUUCGACGACCAGAGGAGAAUCAAGAUCAAGGAGGACGCUCUCAAUGUAGAUCAUAAGGUUAUCGAGGGGUGGGUUGCAGAUUAUAGGAAUCUCAUCAAACGACAUCAAGACUUCCAAGUCACCGUCGGUGUUGCGGGAUCUACUGGAAGUGGCAAAACAUCUGCCCUGAACGCACUCCUAGACUAUCGCGAGCUAUUACCCACGGACAACGCAGAAGCAGCCACAGCCGUACCAUGCAAGCUCGCCUAUAACAAUGAUACUAGACCCGAGUUCAAAUUUCGAGCAAUUAUUACUUUCCGUAAGCGAGAAGACUUGGUGAAGCAACUAGACCAACUCUUUGAAGACUUGAAGGACAGAAACGAACUUCAAGACAUGCCAUCCAAAUCAAACGAAGAUCAUGACGCCCUCCGGCUCAUUAAUUCUAUUGUCAAGCCAACCCUUGAAUUGGUUAAGACAGUGUUUGGCCUCGGGGAGGAUGAGAUCAAAGGGAUGACGACUGAUGAUCUCCUCUCUCUCAAUGGGGACGUUGGCCAGGUCUUGGGGACGACUGAAUGUUUUCAUAGUGGCGAACCGGAUCAAUUCUCUGACAUGGUUAGGCACUACAUGGAUUCUACUAGUGCGAAGCAUGGCGACCAUGGCCUUAGUUUCCCAGCUUGGCCCCUUGUGGACGAAGUGGAGGUUCUAGUGAAGUCAGACAUUCUUCGCAGUGGUGUCAUGCUCGUGGACUUACCUGGCCUGGCUGACUCAGUGGAGAGUCGUGCUGCAGUUGCCGAGCGAUACUUCCCAAAAUUGGCUGCUACUCUUAUUGUAUCUCCCGCUCGUCGAGCUGCGGAUGAUUCGACCUCGGUCAAACUGUUGUCAGAUCACCAGGAACUUCGCAUGAAACUUGAUGGCAAGUUCCACAAACGUGGCUACUGCGUCGUCGUCUCUCAAAUGGAUGAGAUUGAGCGGAACUCUGAUUUCAAAAAGGAAUGGGCCAAGUCGAAUAAGGAACUGCAGGACCUUAUUAAACAAGAGCAGGAACUCAAAAUAUCGAAGCAGUCUCGCACCAUGGCCGACAUAAAGAAGGAAAAGUUGACCAUCACAAGAUUAAAAGAGAUGAUCUAUGAACUAGAGAAAAACAUCAAGAAUGUUGAGGGAAACAUAAUAUUUAUCUGUGUGAAAGAGAGGAACCGAAUCUUGACAGAACGAAUCCAGCAGGAUUUCCAAGCCCGCCAAGCUCAAAUGACUUCUGAUCAUCGCGACGACUUGAGAGCCACAUAUGAUGGCCAAGUAUCGAUAUGUCCGAUCAGCUCUAAGGCAUACUGGCAGUGUUCUGAUGAAGAGGAUACUCUAGCCGGCUUUCCAGGUCGCCAAUACUCGGGGAUCCCGAAUCUCAAGAAAUGGAUAUCACAUUCGGCAAUCCCGGAGAGGGAGGCUCAUGCCGAUAGUCUCCUCUAUGGCCUCCUAAGUUUGUAUAAUGUGAUCCAAACGUGGUCUAAGGAAGGAGGGUGCCAGAGUCCAUUGCUCAUUAGCAAAGAAUUGGCCGAGAAAGAUGUUACGUCGGAUAUCUAUGAGCAUAUCAAGAAGGAGCUUGGCGGGUAUUGGGAGAAACUUAACCAGUCGGUCCAAGAGAAGAAUCCGCUUCGAGACAAAAAGGAAUCUAUAGAUAACUGCGCUCGACGCUGCGCUGGGAUCGUGCAAGGGUGGUCAUACAAAUUCCCCGAGGAUAACUCUUCACCGAAGAAGAUCCAUUGGAAUACCUAUCAAGCGAACAUUCGCCGUGAUGGAGGUAGGUUCAGGGGUAGAUCGGGCCGAGAUUGCAUCGAUUAUUACUGGAUGCAAGACGUUUCAGACGUGCUCUUGAAGACAAUCGUCCAAAAAUGGGACAAUGCCCUCAACCAUGACAUUCCCAACCUUGGGGAAGAAGCUUCUGAUAUCAUCAAUACCAUCUGGAGAGACUUUCUUCAGCGGUUACGAAUUCGUUUCCAGGAAAAUCUCCCUCAACUUCUGCCCUCUCUAGAUGAAAUGAUUCAUAGUCUUGAUGCCAUAAAAGCGAGGGUCAACAACGAUGUUCAACAAGCGCUAGUGGCGGUUUCUAAGGACGCAUCCGAAAUACACCCUGAAGCGGCAAAGACGAUUCAGAGAUCAUGGAAGCCCGCUUUCAAGAGUGCUCUGGAAGAGCAUGGCAAAGGGUCCCUCUCUAGGCGAAAAGCUGUUGUUGCGGAAUUCGCAUCGGAAAAUAGCAGAGAAAUAUAUAGUACCGCUUUUGCGUCGUUAGUCGAUCAACUCAAGAAAAACUUCAAUAGGUUUUCUAAGAGGCUCGAUACGAUAUCUACUUUGGCUGUGAAAGAAGUAGAGGCUCACAUUCAUGCAUUGCUGGACAAUGUAUCCCCGCAAGAUGUCGAAGGGAAUAAGGCACUCACCAUGAAAGUCGAGCUACAGCAAUCUAUCCGUGAUGUCUUACUCCAAUGGGAUCUCGAAUGGAAGGCCUCCGAGGCACUUCUCAACACACAAAUAAAUGCAGAGAAUGUAUAA